UUAAAGAAUCCUACUGAAGCCUCUAUUCUCUUUAUAUUUAAAAAAAAUAAUAGCUUAUAUUUUUAUAUAAAUUAUAAAGAUUUUAAUAAGAUUUUUAUUAAAAAUUACUAUUUUUUAUUUCUUAUUUCAGAGAUUCUUAACAGGGUUUUAAAAAGUAUCUAUUUUUUAAAAAUUAAUAUUAAAAAUAUAUACUACUAA